UCCAAGCGAGAACCCACAUAUAUAUAUAUAUACAGAGAAACAGAGAGAGAAAGAGGGUAGUUGUGAUUGAUAGAGGAGGAUGCGAAGGGGAAUUGUAGACCCUCUGGUGAUGGGGCGCGUGAUCGGAGACGUUGUGGAUCCGUUCACUCGGUCCGUUGAGCUUAGGGUGAUUUACAACAACGAGGUGGAUAUCAGGAAUGGGUGUGAGAUGAGGCCUUCUCAGCUCAUCAACCCACCUAGGGUUGAAAUCGGCGGACACGAUCUCCGUACUUUCUACACUCUGGUUAUGGUGGAUCCUGAUGCUCCAAGCCCAACCUCUCCAACCCUCAGGGAAUACCUCCACUGGUUGGUGACUGAUAUACCAGGAACUACAGGAGCAAGCUUCGGCAAUGAAGCGAUAUUCUACGAGCCUCCGAGGCCGUCAAUGGGAAUCCACCGUUUUGUGUUUGUGCUUUUCCGGCAACUUGGCCGGCAAACCGUUUAUGCACCGCAUUGGCGCCAAAAUUUCAACACUCGAAACUUUGCUGAGCUUUACAAUCUUGGUUUGCCAGUGGCCGUCACUUACUUUAACGGCCAAAGGGAGGGUGGCACCGGCGGUCGAUCUCCGGCAGAGCCCUGGGCAGCCGAUUACCCUGGUCCUUCCCGUUAA